GGAAUUUCACCAUGUCAUUUUCGAAGAACAGGAUGGCAGCGACAGAGGAGCGGCAGCUUCGCAUGUUGACGCGCGGAAUCACGCGCGAUUGCAUCGAGGAAGGAGUGCUCGAGCCUUCGAUCGUGGCGAAGGAAGAUAUGUCGGCGACUUACGCCUACUCGGCGGAGUUUGUCAAGACGUUGGACAAUGCGAUUCGAGCCAACUUUGGCACAUCCCUUUGGCACGAUAUCUUGGCCUCUCAAAACGUUCCCAAAUACGCAAUGAGUUGGCCAAGUCAUGGCUGGAGCGACGCACUGCACUGCGGAGGAUUCGUCUCUCCAGCAUCGACUCUUUCCGUGAACACGAAGAACGCCCACAUUGCAGAAUCAUGUCCUCGCGACUACAGUCUUCAUGACAGUGUAGACACAUUCCCCCCACCAAUCUCCGACACCACGCCACAGACCGACCUUACUCACAGUGCAGCCAGCGAAGGGUGCACCAUCCACGUGGACGAAGCAUCUCUGGGGAAUUUUGAUGAGUGUCCCACCCUUGUGCCGCUUGAUGCAAUGCUCAAGGUCAUGCGGCUUGCCCAGACAAUUCAACGUGCUGCUCGCAAAUUCAAGUCGCUGCUUCGGAACUCCAAACACCCCCGUCCCAUGUACAUUCACCUCCUCCACGGUGACAACCUCCGCGCCGCGGACUGGAACGGCGCGAGCGACCCCUAUGUCGUCGUGACAGUGCUCGAAUCAUCCAAUCCGCGCAACCUCGAGGCCGCCCAAACGACGAAAAGCGACAUCGUAUACAAAACGUUGAAUCCACAUUGGGACCAACGCCUGCUUCUGCCAGCCGUCGCGCCAUCGGCAACGCUCUGCCUCACUGUCCUCGACUACGAUUUCGGGUCGAAUCCAGACUUUUUAGGCCAAGUGGUACGUCCUCUGGAUGAAUCCAAUUCAAACUUGGCCUUCUACCGUCCCCGUCAUCAGCACAAGUGGAGUCACCGAGAACUCUGCAUGGUAGAUGAUCCCGGUGCAGUCGGUGACGACAGUGACCAAGGUCAACUUGGGGCCACUGAUGUUCACACCUCGCCACCCCGACGGAUCGAUCAUGGCUGUGAGCGAUAAGUCCAAACCCGGCCAGGGCUCGAUCACAUUUGCGCUCGAACGAUGUCCAAAUGUAGUCAUCCUGGAUGACUUGGAUGUUCUCGCACCGGCGGAUCCGAAGAAGUGGUUCCAAGCAGCCCCAACGGCCUUUCAUACGGUGACAGCGACGCUCAUGACGGAUGCGAUCGUGCUGUACUCCCCCAACGAUAAAGCCGAAUGCAAGCCAACGGCCACAAUUCCGUUCAAUUCUAUAGCGCAGAUUCUCGACGAUGGAGAUACGUGGACACUCCGGUUGAACGGCACGUCGAGCGAGUGGAAGUUUCGCGUGGGGUUGGACAACAUGUCGCGAGAAGCCAUGCACGACCGGUGGCUCAAGGCGCUGUGCCGCACGACCAAGCGCCCUGUCCUCGUCGAAGCGAGCCCGAGCCAAUUUCAGAUCAAAUUUCAACCCCUUGUCGUGGCUUAACUUGCCCGUCUCUAUAGCACCAGUCUCGUUCGAAAGCUGCCAUCAUGCAUCGAAAUACCAAACAUUCUUGUGCUUGCCA